CUGCCUUUCCCGGCGGCAGGGGACCAGGCUCCGGGGGACAUUUUGUGCUGUGCCCGGCCGUGCCCGCCGCGCCCGCGGCGGGGGCGCGGGGCUCCUCGGCGGGGAGCCGCCGCUCGGGGGCCGGGCAGCCCGCGGCGGCGGAGGGCGGGGCGGGGCGGGCUCCGUCACGGCGCGCGGAGCCGGCGGGGCACAACGGGCGCCCUCAGCGCGCGGAGCGGCGGCGGAGCUGAGCAGCAGGUUCCCGUGGCCGGCAAGAGCAGAUGGCGGCCGCGCUCCUUUUCUACCUGCCCCUCCUGCCGGGGCUGGCCGGCGCCUUCAACCUGGACGCAGACAACGUGAUCAGCCGGAGCGGGGAGCCGGGCAGCCUCUUUGGCUUCUCCCUGGCCAUGCACCGGCAGCUGCAGCCACAGGAGAAACGGCUGUUGCUGGUUGGAGCUCCACGGGAAAAGGCCUUUCCAUCCCAACAAGCCAACAGAACAGGAGGGUUGUACAGCUGUGACAUCACAUCUCCAAAUACACGCUGCACACGUGUCAUAUUUGAUGAGGAGACUGACCCGACCACGGAGAGUAAAGAAGACCAAUGGAUGGGUGUAACUGUGCAAAGUCAGGGGCCAGGAGGAAAUGUGGUGACAUGUGCACAUCGCUAUGAGAAAAGGCAGUAUGUAAACACAGUGCAGGAAACCCGGGAUAUCAUUGGAAGGUGCUAUGUGCUGAGCCAGGAUCUCACUAUUAAGGAUGAUAUGGAUAAUGGAGUAUGGAGUUUUUGUGAUGGUCGUUUAAGAGGCCAUGAGAAGUUUGGUUCCUGUCAGCAAGGUGUUGCUGCUACUUUUACUAGAGACUAUCAUUAUAUUGUGUUUGGUGCCCCAGGCACUUACAAUUGGAAAGGGGUGGUUCGUGCAGAGCAAAAGAAUCAGACUUUUUAUGAUCUGGGUAUCUUUGAUGAUGGGCCGUACGAAGUUGGUGAUGAGAGCCGCCAAGAUAAGAAUCUAGUUCCUGUUCCAGCUAACAGUUACUUAGGUUUCUCUUUGGACUCUGGUAAAGGAAUUGUCUCCCAAGAUGAGAUGACUUUUGUGUCUGGUGCCCCAAGAGCCAACCACAGCGGAGCUGUUGUUCUACUGAAAAAAGAGAAAAAUCAGAGAGCGCUUUCACUUGAGCACAUGUUUGAAGGAGAAGGGCUGGCCUCUUCUUUUGGCUAUGAUGUUGCUGUGGUGGAUCUCAACAACGACGGAUGGCAAGACAUUGUUGUUGGAGCCCCGCAGUAUUUUGACAGAAGUGGAGAUAUUGGUGGUGCUGUGUACAUCUACAUUAACCGGCAAGGCAAGUGGGAAGGAGUAACACCUAUUCGCUUGAAUGGAACCACUGACUCCAUGUUUGGUCUUGCAGUUGAAAAUGUUGGGGACAUUAACCAGGAUGGAUAUCCGGAUAUUGCAGUAGGGGCACCAUAUGAUGGUUUUGGCAAAGUAUACAUUUACCAUGGAUCCAAGAAUGGAAUAAAUACAAAACCAGCACAGAUUCUUGAUGGUGAAAAAACAGGCACCAGUUUCUUUGGUUACUCUAUUGCUGGAAACAUGGACCUGGAUAAAAAUUCCUACCCCGAUAUUGCUGUUGGUUCCCUUUCAGAUUCUGUAUCUGUGUUCAGGUCUCGGCCUGUGAUCAGCAUUAGAAGCAGCAUUACAGUACAGCCUGACAGGAUUGAUCUAAAGAAAAAGAACCCUGAGGACGCUAGUGAAAUAUGGAUGGAUGUGAAAGCAUGUUUUCAGUAUACUGCAAACCCCAGUGAUUUAAAUCCAAGAAUAAAGAUCAACUAUACAUUUGAAGCAGAAAACGAGAGGAGGCAGUUGGGCCUGCCGUCUAGGGUACGGUUCAAAGACCACCUGUCUGAUCAGUUCACUGCAAGUACAACCCUAAGGGGGCAGAACUCAAAAGAGUGUGUGACAACCAAGCUUGUACUGCAGGAAAAAAUUAAAGAUAAGCUACGCCCCAUUCCAGUAUCAGUCAGUGUUAAAAUUGCUGGCCUGGAGUCUAGCUCACCAUCCAGAAAAAAAGAGAGCGCACUUCCGGAUCUCAUACCGAUUCUAAAUUCAAAUGAAUCUGAAACAAAGACCACAAAAGUGGAGUUCUUAAAAGAAGGAUGUGGAGAAGACAAUGAAUGUCACAGCAAUCUGAAACUUCAGUACCGGUUUUGCGCUAGAGAAGGAAAUGAAGACAGGUUUACUUACUUACCAAUUGAAAAUGGCAUGCCGGUGCUUGUUCUGAAGGAUCAGAAAGAUAUUGCCCUGGAAAUAACAGUGACAAACAAUCCAUCUGAUGCAAAAAAUCCACAAAAAGAUGGUGAAGAUGCAUAUGAAGCUAAACUAAUUGCAACUUUUCCAGACAGUCUGACAUACUCUGCAUUCAGGGAGAUGAGGGCUUAUCCUGAAAAACAACUAACAUGUGGUGCUAACCAAAAUGGUUCUCAAGCGGAGUGUGAACUUGGAAAUCCUUUCAAAAGAAAUUCCAAUGUAACCUUUUAUCUGAUCUUGAGUACCACUAAAGUUAAUGUUGACACAACAGACUUGGACAUUAAUCUGAAGUUGGAAACAACAAGCACUCAAAUUAAUUCGACUCCAAUUACAGCUAGUGCUAAAGUGGUUCUUGAAUUGCUUUUAUCACUGACAGGAGUUGCUAAGCCUUCUCAGGUGUAUUUUGGAGGUAACAUCGUUGGUGAGAGUGCUAUGAAAUCUGAAGAUCAUAUUGGAAACCUCAUAGAGUAUGAAUUCAGAGUAACUAACUUGGGCAGACCACUGAAAACAUUUGGUACCGCUUCCCUGGACAUCCAGUGGCCGAAAGAAAUUAGUAAUGGCAAAUGGCUGCUUUAUUUGAUGAAAAUAGAUUCUGAAGGUUUGGAAAAAGUCUCCUGUCAACCCGAGAAUGAAAUCAAUAGUUUGCAUGUUGCGGAAUCCCAUAACUCAAGAAGGAAGCGUGAGGUUGCAGAGAAGCAGAUUACAGAGAGCAAGACAUUUUCUUUAUUCUCAGAAAGAAAAUACAAGACCUUGGACUGCAAUGUAAAUGCACGCUGUGUGGACAUAAAAUGUCCCCUGAAGGGUUUAGACAGCAAGGCAUCUAUUGUGCUGCGCUCCAGGUUGUGGAAUAGCACUUUCUUAGAAGAGUACUCCAAAAUGAACUACCUGGAUGUUCUUGUUAGGGCUUCAAUCAGUGUUCCUGCUGCAGCCAAGAAUGUUAAACUCACAAAUGAAGUUGCUCAGGUGCGUGUUACGGUGUUUCCUGCAAAACCAGUAGCACUUUACACAGGAGUUCCAUGGUGGAUCAUCGCGGUGGCUAUUUUUGCUGGAAUACUGAUGCUUGCUCUGUUGGUAUUCUUACUAUGGAAGUGUGGGUUCUUCCAGCGUUCUAGGUACGAAGACAGUGUCCCCCGAUAUCAUGCUGUAAGAAUUCGAAAAGAAGAGCGACAGAUCAAAGAUGGGAAAUGCGAAGACCUUGAGACAAAACAGUGGUUCACAAAAUGGAAUGAAAAUGAAAGUUAUUCUUAGGGAAAAAUUCUUUUAAUCCACAAAGUUCAGACAGAGGUGAAUCUUUUCAUGAAUGGAAUGGAGUUAGACCUAUGAACACUAUGGACAGUCACCAUUUGAUUGUAGAUAUUACUGCUUAUAUCGAGGCUUUUGUUUGCACAGUUAAAAUUGCUUCAACAGACUUUAUUUGCAUUAUUUAAUUGCCAGACUGCCUCUUUUCCCCUUCAAAUCUAACUCGCGCUUUAGAAGAUACUGUGCUGAUUUGGGGUCUUUUCUGCAAAAUAUGCAAAACCACUACAGAGGCCUUUUCCUGUGAUCCUAACCUUUCUUCCUAGGUAUGCAAGGAAUGCAUGGUUAAGUUCAAGACAGGUUCUCCACCCUUCCCUCAAUGCAUAGUCCAUUAUAAACACACAGUGUCCUUAACACACUUCAUUCAAGUAUAAUCUAAAGACCUGCAAAUCUACUUUAGUCAUAAACUUUGCCUGCUGCAGUAGUUAGGGCUUAACAAAAAGCAUUACCUUAAAUUACAUGUGCAAUAGGGUUUGGUUUUUUUUAAAGAUCAGAUUGUGUGAUUCUUGCUCACAACAAAUAUACACAGGUUUUUUUUAAGAGAGAGGCUUGAAUAUUAGAUGUACUUUUUGUAUAUAUAUCUUUUAGUCAUUUUUGUAUUUAUUUUUGUUAUAAAUUGUUGUCUUUGACUAACUGUUAGGCCAAAGACUUAACUGAACCUUCAAAUCCACUGUGUUUUUGAACUUCAGAUUAUGAGACCUGAGGCUUUCACUUCAUUUUAAUAAAUCACUGAAGGUGCCAAUGCUUUCUGAAAAUGUAAAUACUUAUUCCAGUGAUAUGUAUGGGGGCUUUUUUUUCCUGAUACUUGUAACCUCAUGUAAUAGGAAUUAUCAGGUCUUGUAACAUUAUUUGUAUAUUGCUUCAGACUAUUUAAUGAUUCGGACACCAAGCAGAAGUAGGGUUUUUAGAUCCAGUUUUACGCUUACUGCAAGUAGUGAGAGUUUCUCUGGAAACAGCUUUCCAGCUUCAUAAGGACUUCCUGUUUGGCAAAAGGCAUUGACUACUGCAACUGUUAUAUAGCACUUGAAGGAGGCUAUAAAUGCCUAACUUACCUUAGCUACGAAGGAUCUCCACUGAUCCAUGGUGAGACUACUGAAUUGUCUUGAAUACCUGAAUGUUGAUAAAAGAAGAAUUACAAUGUUAUAUGCUUAUCAGUAAUCUAGUUAUUUUAACAUAGCUGAUAAAAACUAUUUAAAGAGUUGACUUUUUUACCCAUGUUCUAAAGUGUUGGUACUACUUAAGAAUGAAGAUUUAGUUCACAAUUGUUUAUUCCAUGUGAAACAAAAUUCUGCUCGAAAAGUAUGCAUGUUAAUUGCUGGUAAUUUGAACUAUGCAAAAAACCUCUUGGUACUUUUUUCCCCUCAUAGGGUAAAAACCUGCUAGGAGGGCAUUUGUCAAGUGUCUUACUUCUACUAACUUUGAACAUACCUUCUUGGAAGGUGUGGUCACCUAAAAAGUUAUCGUCAUCAAAAGUGCAUCAAUUUAGUAGACUACUCUUCCUCCCACUAAAUAAUCUCAGUAUGUUGUGACCCUGUGAACUGAAAGUUCUUGAAAAAUAAGUCAUGUCACUGGUAUACUUUUAUCUCAAAUGUUUUUUAUACCAGCUAGCAAUGCUACAUCAUUCCAUGAUUAGAAAUUACCUGUGGAUAUUUGUAUAGAAGUGUGAAAUAAAUUUUUUUUUAAUUAAAUGUUGUUUUGGUAAUAGUGAUUUCUUAUCAUAAUUAACUGAGGUAGCCAUAGCUAAAUUCACUAGAAGAGUAAGCUGAAAGUUGCAAACUUUGAACAAAUUGUCUCAUUUUUCAAUAUUGCCAUAACUCUCACUGCCCUCCCCUGUGCAAAGGGGCAGAUAAGGCAGCUGCAGGAGAUAACACACAAUCUCACACUCACAGGCUCUCUGCUGCUUGCUGCAGUUUCCAGCAUUGGAAGAGUCAGGCAGGGAGUCUGACAGAGCAGGCUCUGGCAAAGUACCAAGUGUUGGCCCCCCCAUGGGCAGAGCUACCCUGUCCCUCCACACUUCACUCAUGCUGCUCUGGGUGCCUUCAAUGAACGCACUCUUCUAAAGCUCCUCUGCCAGGCAGGUGUCUCUGUAACUAGGGGAGAUGGAUACACCCCCCAAAAUUAGUCAAGGACUUCACAUACCUAUCUGUAUUUUACAUGACUGCGGGGUACAGCGUCAACUCCACGCAAAAACAACAGCAGAAAAGCCAAAAAGAUGUAGGGAAAAAAACCCACAACAGAAAAAACCUACGGUUUAUCUCCAUUUUUAAGAUGUUAAUCCCCACAGGAUGCUUUUCUCUCCUUUGCUGGAAGGAAAGACCUUUUGAUGCAACUAAGCCUGAAGAUGAGAGUUAGCUGGAUACAUGUUGCAGCCAAGAAACUUCUAGGACUAGAACCGGAGAAUGCUGCUAGAUCUGUCAGAGCACAUCAGAGAUGUGGACUCAACCUGCUUUUAUCAAACAAUUACUCUCAUUUACAUAACUAUACCCACAAACAUUUGUCUACCACAAGACAAAAUAGGGACCAGGAUAACAGUUAAGUAGUUGAUCAUAGGAAGUACAUAUAGUACAAAUAUAUUAGGUUUUAUAUAUGCUCAUAUAUACUAUACACAUAUAGUACUAGAUGUAGUAUACACUAUAUACACAGUACAGUACUAUAUGUAACUGUAUGUGUAUAGUAUACAUGUAUAUAUAAAACCUAAUGUAUUUGCUAAAUAUAUAUACACUACACACAAAUACACACUAUAUUAUAUACACACACACACACACUCUACAGCCUAAGGUACAUAAAUAGAAUGCUAGUAAACUGCAAUGCCCUCACAUAUGUUUAACUGUCACAGUGCAGAAGACAUAUCUUAUAAGAAACACUUUCAAUAUAAGGGACGAUUGCAGCAUAGUUUCAAUAACCACCUAUACAGAAAGAAGUUCUAUGUGGAAGAAGAGACAGAAUAGGGUGCUUGGAUGCAAGUGUCACGAAUGGGCACAUAAGGUGAAGGAAAGUGUUUGAAAGCAACACUAAAAUUCCAAUCCCUGUUCAGAGCACCCAUGUUACAAUGUUAACUGUCACUGCAGCAGGGUGUCUCAACUAAAAGACCACACAGAAGCAGAAAGCUGCUGAUGUACAAACUGAAAUAACUUCUCCCAGUGCAGAGUAGGUGAGAGUGUCAGCAGCUCGUUUGCAAAACCCAGGAGAACAAACUGAUGAAGCCACCAGGCAAUUGCAGCCAGUGCUCUGAGCCAAACAAGGCACAUGGACGUGCUUUGGCUGGCUUGCUAGACCACACGCCCAUGUGUGACAACAAGAAUGUGAGCCCUCUGUUUCCCUGUGGUGGUUGUGUAAGCAAUAGCUUCACUUUUUGUCCCAGUCCUCAGACAUCCUUAAAUGUCCAUUUUCUUUCCCAGACCCUGGAUUCAUAAUUAAUACUACACACCUUUUAGAACCUCAUAAGCCUCGCUGGAGGCCUAACCAUGAUUCCCAUGAGAAAAACACAACUCCUUACCCUGAGAGACUGCCACAGAAAAUGGCCUUAAUCCCCAGCCAGGGUGUGAUACUGCCACUGUACAGAGGUGGAGACCUGCAGUUUGUGUUUUCCAUACUCAAAGACAGACCCCUUUCCUCCUCCAUCUUCUAGCUCUGCAAAAUGAUUGUUUGCAAGCAGCACCUUUUCAGGGCCAUACCUGCCUCAAAGAUCCUAGAAGACGGGCAGAGAACUAAGUUUUUAACAGAGGCAUCCUUGCUGCUGCUUACCUAACUAGCACCAAACAACAUAUACCCCCCCAACCAUUGAUAUACAGUGCUAAGUAUUUAUUUCCUCAUAUCUCAAUCUCAGUGUCUUCAGGGGAUAGGGGAGGAAGGGACAGGAAAGUCAAAUACUUUUGCCAGGAGCACAUGAAAUAAUGCAACUGAACUGCUAAGUUGAUUAAAAUAAGAGUUUGCAGGAUAUUGCUUGGUUUCUUGAAGUGGUGGGGGCCAACAGUUCAUAUUUCAGAGCUGAGAAGCGGAGCAUUGCCCCCCAGCUUAUGAGACAGCCUGUGAUUGAUUCUGGCUUAGCAAGGAACAACAACAUAAAAAUAGCCAUCCUAGACUCGACCACAGAUCCACCUGAAUCAACAUCUCACCUCUGACAAUGGCCAGUAGCUAAGCAGCAUGACAGUGAUGUUUUGCUGUUCCUGUUCCCGUUCCCACAAAAAGUUUGUGGUCAAUUCCAGUAGGUAUGUAGUAUAUUUUUUCCUGUGGAAGAAAAAGCCAUCCAUGAUAAUCAAUUAUAAAAUGUCUCCAACUGGUUUUUGAUCUUGUGUCACAAAGUUGUACAUGGCAAAAAUUCACAAACUCCAAAGUUUAAUUAUACACUGCAUAAAAAUAAAUAAGCUCAUCUCUAUGUUCUUCUUGAACCUACUACAAUUUUAUAACUCAUAUGGACACCCCUCCAUAUUUUUUGAUCAACUUUCUUGCUAUUUCUUUUUCAUUUCUAUUCCUGCAAAACAGAGACCAAAGCCACAUCAAACCAAUGUAACCCUAAGAAGAUUUUCUAGCUUAGCAAAAAGCAGAUGAACUUACUGACAAAAACCUAAGAACAAUGACAAGCCUUUGUGCAGAGAAAGUACAUAAGCUGAAGAGACACAGGAAUAGAUGGAGCAGAUGACCAUGCAGGCACCUAAGCAAAGCAUACAAGCCACUGGAAGAAAGGAAAGAGAUAUUCUACAGAUAUCCAUACCUGGCAACUUAAGGUUUUUUUCUUAAUCUAUGAUGCACCUAUUCAAGAACAGUGACUUCCAGUAAAGGGUUAUUUGUUCUAUCACGUUAACAAAUGAAGAACUCUUUCUAUGGAACACCCUGCAAGAAUGCUAUGCUUCCAAUUAUCUUAUUACCUUAAAUACCAUGUUAAAUUUUAAAUUGAAAACAAAAAUUAAAAUGUAAUUGCUUAAGUUAAAACUAAAUGCUCUGUUUUCAAUUAUCUUGAAGAUUGAUUUGUUCUGUCCCCUUUCAAUUAUGCAUCCAGAUGUAUUAUAAUUUCAGGAACACCAAUAAGCAGGAAUAUGAGUAGAAAAA